AUGGAGAAGGAUAAUUGUAACAAGAAGAGUCUCUCAGAAGUACUUGAUGUCCGGCAAUUCAGGCACACGAAUUCCCCGGUAUUCUCUACCGCCAUUUUUGCGGUCAUAAUGCUGCUCGUUGUCGCGGGAACAAUCCUCUCAAACAUGUCCCUAAAAUCAACUUUCUUCUGGUCUUCACCAACCUCCGAGGUAAUACAAACAAACAGAAUGGAGAGGAAGUCAUUGGCUCCUCCAAAGAACACUACAAGCAGAGACAGGAUCGCUUGGCUUCACUCACAUCUAACAGAAUUCGAGGUUAGAUUCUUCAUGACAUGGUUUUCACCAGCAGAGUAUUUUGGGAAAAGAGAAAUGUUAGCUGUAGAAAGCGUCUUUAAAGCUCAUCCUCAAGGAUGCUUAAUGAUUGUAUCAGGAUCCUUGGAUUCCUUACAAGGAGAUAGCAUCCUAAAGCCGCUAAAUGAUCGCGGUUACAAAGUUUUUGCAGCCACACCAGACAUGUCAUUGCUUCUUGAGAACACACCGGCCAAAUCUUGGUUUCAAGAAAUGAAAAGUUGCAAAAGAGAUCCAGGAAGGAUACCGUUACAUCAGAAUCUUUCAAACCUCGCGAGGCUAGCGUUUCUUUACAAGUACGGAGGUGUGUAUCUAGAUACCGAUUUCAUCGUCACAAGAAGCUUUAAAGGGUUGAAGAAUUCAAUAGGAGCACAAACAGUAGUGGAAGGAGAUUCAAAGAACUGGACAAGGUUGAACAAUGCGGUUCUGAUCUUCGAGAAAGAUCACCCGCUUGUUUACAGUUUCAUAGAGGAGUUUGCUUCUACCUUUGAUGGGAACAAAUGGGGACACAAUGGUCCUUACUUGGUAACAAGAGUAGCACAAAGAGCACGAGAAACGAUUGGGGAUAAUUUCACAGUACUGCCACCAGUAGCAUUCUAUCCAUUCAAUUGGUUAGACAUUCCAAGACUGUUUCAAACGCCGAGAGGAAGCAAUGACUCAACGUUACUCAAAACCGAUCUGGUGAAGCUGAAUAGAGAAAGCUAUGGGCUUCAUCUAUGGAACAAAAUCACCAGAAAACUGAAGAUCGGUAAGGGCAGUGUCAUAGACAUCAUAAUUUCAGACCACUGUGUUGUUUGCAGAGGAAUUCAGAGAUAAC